CUCCAACAACCAGUCAGAGCCCAGAAGGAUGGACUUACCCAUAGAAUGUCCCGCAGUCGUUAUCAUAACGGGGUGAAUCGAUGGGAAGGUAUAUUAACCCCGGAGAAUACCCACCCCAGUCAGUAGCAUCACUCUUUUCACCAUCCUUUCCUAUCCUCCCUUUCUCUCUCGAUCCGGUCAACAUACUAGCAUACGAGCACCAUGGCCGGAGACGGGAAGAUUACCAUCUCGAUCGAUCGGGGCGGCACGUUCACCGACGUCCACGCCAUUGUACCCGGCCAACCUGACAUCAUCCUCAAGCUACUAUCCGUCGAUCCCGCCCACUAUCAAGAUGCCCCAACCGAGGGAGUGCGCCAAAUUCUCGAGAGAGUGACGGGCGAACCCCAUCCCAGAGGAAAGCCAUUGAAGCUGGAUCGGAUUGGCUCUCUACGCAUGGGAACAACGGUAGCUACAAAUGCGCUGCUGGAGAGGAAGGGGGCACGGUCAGUGCUGCUGACAACCAAGGGCUUCCGUGAUCUGCUCAAGAUCGGGGACCAAUCCCGGCCAAAUAUUUUUGAUUUAUCAAUGGCUCGGCCAGGAGUGUUACCGGAGGGCGUCGUGGAGGUUAAUGAGCGGAUUGUCCCGUGCCAUCCUGCGGCCGACAAGGAUUGCUUCUCCGGAGCCCGCGUGGUGGAAGGCGUGACGGGAGAGAAGUUCCGUGUGGUGCAGGAAUUAAACUUGGAGGAGGUCCGCUCGGACCUCCAGCGGUACAAGGAACAGGGUUAUCAGUCUUUAUCGGUCGCGCUGGUCCACUCUUUUGCAUACCCAGAGCAUGAACGCCAGAUAGGGGAGCUGGCCGAGAGUAUGGGCUUCUCCGUCACAUUAUCCUCCAAGUUACAACCUAUGAUCAAGAUCGUCCCGCGAGGCAUGUCCGCUGCCGCCGAUGCCUAUCUCACCCCCGUCAUCAAAACAUAUAUAGACUCGAUUUCCUCAAGCUUCGAAGGUGGCUUGGAGCGCCAGCAUGAGUGCCGAUUCGAAUUUAUGCAAUCUGACGGCGGACUGGUCGAUUUUCGCCGAUUCAGCGGGCUGAAGGCGAUCUUGUCCGGUCCAGCAGCAGGUGUGGUCGGGUUCGCAGCUACAAGCUGGGAUCCUACCGAGAAGACACCCGUGAUCGGCUUCGACAUGGGUGGUACCUCCACGGACGUGUCUCGUUUCGACGGACACCUCGAACAUGUCUUCGGGUCUAAGGUUGCGGGGGUCCUCAUUCAAUCCCCGCAACUCGAUAUCAACACAGUCGCCGCUGGUGGCGGUUCUAUCCUUUCGUACCGCAACGGAUUGUUCUAUGUCGGACCAGAGUCGGCAUCUGCCCAUCCCGGUCCGGCCUGUUACCGCAAAGGGGGUCCAUUGACAGUCACAGAUGCAAACCUGUUCCUGGGUCGCUUACUGCCGGAGUAUUUCCCACACAUCUUCGGUCCCAAUGAGGACCAGCCCCUUGAUAUCGAAGUCACAACGAAGCUGUUCAACGAAUUGACAGAGAGGAUCAAUACUGAGCGAAAGGCAAAGGAUCAACCGGAGUACGCUCCGGAAGAGGUUGCUUUGGGCUUCCUGAAGGUAGCAGACGAGUCGAUGGCUCGCCCUAUCCGCAAUCUGACGCAAGCCCGUGGCUUUGAAACUGCAUCGCAUCAUCUGGCCUGUUUCGGAGGGGCUGGUGGCCAGCACGCAUGUUCCGUAGCGGGAUCCCUGGGUAUCUCGCGCAUUAUAAUCCACAAAUACUCGUCUGUCCUCUCUGCGUACGGCUUAGCGCUGGCUGAGGUGGUCAAGGAGUCUCAGGAGCCGGUCUCCGCCGACUUUGCGGCGUCUCAAUCGAGCCUCGAGAAGCGUUUCGGUGAUAUGACGGAAAGCGCUCUAGCGGAGAUGAAGACCCAAGGGUUCUCGGCUGAGCAGGUGCGUCAUGAAUUGUACUUGAAUAUGCGUUAUGAAGGGUCCGACACUAGUUUGAUGAUCCUGAAACCGGAAGAUGACUCUGGUUUCCUGGAACAAUUCAAGAUUCGACAUCGCAGAGAGUUCAACUUCAAUUCCGAAAGAUCGGUCCUAGUGGACGAUAUCCGUGUGCGUACGAUCGCUUCGUCGAAAGUACGGACCGAGAAGAGUCCCCUUGUUCAGUUAAGGGAGGCCAAUCUGCAAGAUGUCAGUGGAGCUGCGGACAACACGUCGAAUGCCUACUUUGAUGGCUACUCCAGCCGCAUCGAUACACCGGUGUAUCUUCUGGACAAGCUUGACAAGAACACCCGCGUUCAUGGCCCUGCCGUUAUUAUCGACAAGACGCAGACUAUUGUCGUAGCUCCGAACGCUGUGGCUAAGAUCCUGGAAACUUGCAUCGUCAUCGAUCUUAAGGAGGAGCAAGCUGCUGCUGACGGUAUUCCUUCAGAGCUCGCUUCAGAGAUCGACCCUAUCCGACUAAGCAUUUUCGGACAUCGUUUUAUGUCGAUCGCUGAACAGAUGGGUCGUACCCUACAGAAGACUUCCGUCUCCACUAAUAUCAAAGAGCGUUUGGACUUCUCCUGUGCCCUGUUCUCUCCGGAUGGAGGGCUUGUGGCCAACGCGCCUCAUGUUCCCGUCCAUCUUGGUUCCAUGCAGUUCGCCGUUCGCUAUCAGCACCAGAAAUGGCUGGGUAACUUAAGGGACGGUGACGUCCUCGUCGCCAAUCACCCCAGUUGCGGUGGAACCCAUCUUCCCGACAUCACAGUGAUCACACCUGUGUUUGACAAACCGGGUGGUACUGAAAUCAGGUUCUACGUCGCGUCUCGUGGCCAUCACGCUGACAUCGGGGGCAUCCUGCCGGGCUCGAUGCCCCCGAAAUCGACCGAGCUGUGGCAGGAAGGUGCAGCGAUCGAAGGCGAGAAAGUAGUCAGCAACGGCGUGUUUGAUGAGGAGCGUAUGAUCGAUCUCCUGGUCAACAAGCCUGCGGAACACCCAGGAUGUUCGGGCUCGCGGUGCAUUAGUGACAACCUCUCAGACUUGAAGGCACAGAUUGCCGCCAACACACGUGGUAUCAGCCUUAUCCAGUCCUUGUUUGCUGAGUACGGUGUCGAAACCGUACAGAAGUACAUGUACGCGAUCCAAGCCACGGCCGAGACGGCUGUGCGCAACCUCCUGAAGGAUCUCCACAAGCGCUUUGGCGGCCAACCCCUAGAAGCUGUUGAUUACAUGGAUGACGGUACUCCGAUCAAGCUGAAGGUUACCAUCAACGAGUCAGAUGGUUCCGCUGUUUUCGACUUCUCUGGUACUGGCCCUGAGGUGUACGGGGGUUGGAACGCCCCGAUCGCCAUUACUCAUUCGGCCAUCAUUUACUGCUUGAGAGCAAUGAUCGCCUCCGACGUCCCUCUCAACCAGGGCUGUCUGGCGCCGAUCGACAUCCAAGUCCCAUCACCCAGUAUCCUAUCCCCUACCAAGACAGCCGCAGUCGUGGGCGGUAAUGUCGUGACAUCGCAACGAAUCACCGACGUUGUCCUAAAGGCUUUCCGCGCAUGCGCAGCCUCUCAGGGAUGCUGUAACAACUUGACCUUCGGCACCAACUCCAAGGUCGACCCAGACACCGGCAAAACCAUCCCAGGUUUUGGCUACUACGAAACCAUCGCUGGAGGCAGCGGUGCAGGCCCAACAUGGAAGGGCGAGUCAGGCAUCCACGUUCACAUGACAAACACCCGUAUCACUGACCCAGAGAUCCUCGAGAAGCGGUAUCCGACUCUUCUGCGUCAGUUCACCCUCCGACCUGGCUCAGGGGGCAAAGGACUCCAUCCCGGCGGUGAUGGUGUCAUCCGAGACAUCGAGUUCCUCUCGCCAAUGGAAUGCUCGAUUCUAUCAGAACGUCGGGUGCAUCGCCCUUACGGCUUGGAGGGAGGAGAAUAUGCACAGCCUGGGCUGAAUUUGUGGGUGACUAAAGACCAAGAGACGGGCGAGGAACGCAUUGUGAAUAUCGGGGGUAAAAAUACUGUUUCGGUCAAGACGCAUGAUCGGGUUGUGAUCAAUACUGCUGGUGGCGGCGGUUGGGGUGCGGCGAAGUAGAAGACUUUUUAUAUUUGCAUGGCUCAACGGUGUUAUAUAUUGAAGCCUGUGACGAUUGUAUGUAAUGAGUUACAACUGAUAAUCAUAUGGGAUUGUGUUUAUGG